CGUCCUUUCUUCCACAAGUUUGUUGGUUGCUUUUGUGGACUUUGCCCAUUUUAUUUUACAUUUAAUACUUCUAUAAUUAAGUCGUCUAUUUAGAAAGUGAAUAUAAGUGUACAAUGGCGCUUUCUUUAGUAAAAAGUGUUAUUUCUAACCAGACAAGAAAAACAGUAGCAAAUGUGAUGUUCCGGGCGUAUUCAUCGCAGACCGAAAUUCCUCAGUACGAGACACUGGCAGUGUCGGAACCCUCCAAACAUGUCUUCCACGUAGCACUCAACCGUCCUAAGAAACUUAACACUUUCAGUCAUAAGAUGUUUUUAGAGCUGUCCGAAUGUUUCUCUGCCCUAAGCGAGAAUCCUCAGUGCAGAGUUGUCGUAUUAUCCGGAGAAGGAAAACAUUUCACUGGAGGUAUAGACCUCAACAGUUUCUUGGAGAAUGGCUCCAAAGCAAACGAAUUUGAUGACGUGGCGCGCAAGGCGAAGAUACUCUACAAAAUGAUUAAGACGUACCAAGACGGUAUAUCAGCGUUGGAAACAUGCAUCAAGCCUGUGUUAGCUAUAUCGCACAACGCGUGCGUCGGCGCAGGGAUCGAUCUCAUCACGGCUGCUGACGUCAGAUACUGCACAGAAGAUGCGUGGUUCCAGGUCAAGGAGGUAGAUAUCGGCCUGGCUGCCGACGUUGGUACCCUGCAGAGAUUACCUAAGGUCAUAGGCAACGCAUCUAUCGCCCGCGAACUGUGUUUCACCGCUCGUAAAUUCCAGUCUAAGGAGGCAAAGGAAAUAGGACUCGUCAGCCAAGUGUUCCCAGAUAGAGACACUGCAAUAAAACAGGUGUUGGAACUGGCAGCGAACAUAGCAGCUAAGUCUCCGGUGGCCGUACAGGUGACCAAGCAGAACCUGGUGUAUUCACAGAGCCGCACCACCAAAGAGGGGCUUAUGCAUAUUCGCCUAAUCAACCAAGCAAUGCUGCAAAGCGAAGAUGUUGCGAAGGCCGCGGUGGCAGCUGCCACGAAAGCCGAACUACCUGAAUUCGACAACUUGUAAAACCAUGUACCAUAAAACACCUUAAUUUAUCAGAGUAUUAGAGUUUACAAAAGAAAUAAAAGCGAAAACAUAUUUUCUGUAAAUAUUUUAAUCAAUGAAUUAUACAUUUUUUACAUAA